AUGAGUAAAAAUGAAGAAUAUAAAAUAAAUGAGUCAUGGCCCCCAGGUGCUAAUAAAAAGAUGGAGAAUAAAAUGAUGGUAAGUUAUUCACAAAUAAAUAUGAGUCAUCCUAUAAUGAGCGAAUAUAACCAAACGGAAAAAGAUGAAGGUGGUAUCGUAAAAUUUUGCCCAUUGUUAAAUGAUAUCAACAUAAUUGAUGAAAAUAAUAGAGGAGGUAACAUACACAUGCAAAUAAGUGACAAUAAGGAGUUUGAUUUAGAAAAGGUCGACAUGAUGGGAGUUACAUGUAACACGGAAAAUUUGCAAAUGAACGAAGUAGAACAAAAUGACAAAAAUACAGAUAUUGCAUUAAGUAGCUAUAUUAAACUUUUAAAUGUAAAGGAAGAGGACCCUCUUUUAAAUUAUAGUAUGAAUACUGUUGCAACGUCUAUGAGUUAUCAAAACAGUACUAGGGAUAGUAAUCAUAUGAGUAAUGACAAGGAUGUUAUAGUACUAAGUGAAUGCUGCAAUAACACUAGUAGUGCAAUGGAUAGGGGGAACUCGAAUAUUAAUGUGGACUGUGUGAAAGAUUUGAACAGUGUGAGAAGUGUUAGCAAUGUUAAUAAUAUGAACAGUGUGAACUGCUUGCAUAUUAGUGAUGGUACAACUGACAACAUGAAUUUCUCGACCUUUAUUCUAGACAUAGAGUCAAUGUCGAAAAGUUUAAAUGUAAAAAAUGCAGAGCAAAAAAAUGUAGCACUAAAUAAUAAUGGGGAGCUUUUACAAAUAGGAUGCGAUUUUAACGAAGGGGGAAAAAUACAUAAUGAACUUUUGGUUUACAACCCUGUUUCAAAAAAAUCGAAGCGCGAAGCAAGUGAAGAUAAUGGGGGUGAUAGUAUUAGCAAUGACAGCAACAGUAAUAUCAGCAGCAGCAGCAAUGGAAACAACAAUUGCAGUAACAAUGGCAAUAAAAAUAGCAGUAACAAUAGCAAUAAAAAUAGCAGUAACAAUGGCAAUAAAAAUAGCAGUAACAAUGGCAAUAAAAAUAGCAGUAACAAUAACAAUAGCAGUAACAAUAACAAUAGCAGUAACAAUAACAAUAGCAGUAACAAUAACAAUAGCAGUAACAAUAAAAGGAGCCAUAACAGUAACAACAGCAACUGUUGUAGCUGUUGCAGCAGCAGCAGUAGCUUCAUUUCGCUCGCGGACACGGUAAACAACUUUAAGAUUGAGCUUGAGCAGAAUAACAUGAACAUGUUCGAAUCGGUGAGUAAGAAGGGACUUAUGUUUAUUCUAAGCAUACAAGAGGUGUUUAUAAAUAAAACGAAAAAGAUACUGUGCAGUAAAUGCAAUGAUGAAUUACAUUCCGUACAUAAUAUUAAUAACAUUUUUAAAGAUAUACUAAAAUUAAAAAUAGAAAAACAUACGAAUGAAAUAUAUAUGACAAAUUUUUUAAAAAAAUUGAAAGAGGAUUUUUUAAAAGCAAAUUUAACUCUGAAGGAAAAAAUAGAACAACAAGAUAUAUUAAUAAAUGAGUUAAAUGAAGAUAAAAAGAAUUUUACUGAUAACAUAAAAAAGUUUGAAGAUAUUAUAUAUAGAAUGCAAAAUGAACAAGCGUUUGUGUUUUCAAGGAUUAAAACAAAUAUUCAUAAUAAUUUUUUAAAUUUCACAGACUAUGUAUACCAUCUGUUGUUAAACAUAUAUUCAUUAGUUUGCCAAAAAAAUGAUAAACUAACUUUCUUAAUCAACCGAUUGAAGCAUGCGCAGCUGACCGAUAAAUAUGAACAGGACAGGAAAAAAAAAAAAAAAAAAAAAAAAAAAAAAAAAAAUUGCAUUACCAGUAAGGAUAAAUAUAGUGAUAAAAAUAGUGAUAAAAACGACGAUAAAAAUAAUGAUAAUGAUAACAGGAACAAAAUUCGUAAUUCGAGCAAUGGAAAAAGAACAGUUAAAUACAACAGUGAUAACAACGACGAUAAGAAUAAAAACAGCAGGAGAGCGAUUAAAUUAACGAGUAAGAAAAAAGCAAAUUCUUCCGCGGUAUCUUCUUCCUGUUUUAACAGCUCCUUAUCGUGUGUUGAUUCAAAAAAUAUUUUAUCAUCAGGAGAAAAUACUUCUACUGAUAGCUCCACGUCAGACCAUUCUAGUGUAUACGUUUCCAAUGAACUAUGCUAUUCUGAUUUGACACAUAUGAAUACAAAUAAGCUCAUAAAUAAAAGAAGUUUAAAUAAGUUCAAAAAAAAAAAAAGAAAAAAAAAAAGAGCACUAGAAGGACAAGAAAAAAAGUAUAAUCCUUUUUUAAUGAAUAAAAGUUUAUCAAAUGAAAACAAAAUAAGGUCCUACUCUUUCGAAAGUAAUGGAAAACUCAGUUUAGAAUGCAUAAACCGUAAGGGUAAAAAUUCAACCAAAAGGAAAAACAUUCUGGAAGCGACCAACAUAAAACUGAGCGAAAAACUCAAGAGGUGCAAAAAGAAAUACUCAAUUGAAAUAAAAAAAAACAAAACAUUAGAAUUUCUUCUUGCCAGCAAGGAUGAGGAAAUCAGAGAAGUUCAAAAAAAUCUGAAGGAUGAACUAGAAACCAAGCAAAUAUUUUACGAAGAAGAAGAAAAUAAAAAAGUCAAAGAAUUAAAAGAUAUGAAGAUCUUAUUAGAAAACUAUGAGUUAACCAAUAAACAGUUAAUUAACAGAAAUAGCGAAUAUAACGAAAUGAAUGAGAACUUAAAAAUGAAAUUAGACCAUUCCUUGUGUGCAGAAAAGGAUUUAAAUAACAGGCUAUAUGAUUUAAACAAUUUGCUUAACAAAGAAAGAGAAAAAAAUAGUUUUCUUUUAUCGGAAAAUAUAAAAUUAAAAAAUUCUAUUCUUCAGUAUAAUAAGCGACAAGAUUUUUAUUUUAAUAAUAAAUAUUGUAAUACAGGAAAAAAAUUUAUGAACCAUUACAAUAUGAACUACUAUGAUGAAAAUGGUAGUGAUGCGUUGAAAUCUCAUGACGAUCAUCAUCUUCAAUAUCUUCAUCAUAUUCAUUAUGGUCAUGAUCGUGGUUAUUAUGAUCAUGCUUACAAUUUUGAAGGAACACAUGAGAGAUCGAACAAUAUGGAUAUAUGUGACACAUAUGCAAAACAGAAUGAUAGGAAUGCGUAUGAUACACUGUACAACGAAAAUGAUAGGAGGAGGGUACGUAAAUUUUCCUUAAUGUACAGAAAAAAUAAGCAUCAUUAUAACAACACGAAAAGGAUGUACGAUAAUAUGUAUAAUAAUUGUAAAGACCCGUAUAAAAAAUACUAUGAUAAUAAUCCAUAUAAUGAUUAUACGUUAAACUCUUCUUGUUAUAGUGACAGUUCGGUGAACAUAAGAAUGCAAGGGAGGAAAUAUAUUUUGAAUGAUCAACAGGAAAAUAAGUACAUUAAAAAUAAUAACGAAAUGGAGGGAAAAAAAAAAAAAAAAGGAAAAAAUAAGAAGGAGAAAAGUGUAGAAGAAAAGAAUAAAGAGGACAAAAAUGAAAAGGACAGAAAUGCAGGUAAUAAAGUACGCAGUAGGAGUAAUGAUGCUGAAAGCUUAACAGAUGAAAUACGAAAUGAUAUUAUAAAUUUUGAUGAAGGUAAUUACAAAAAGAUAAUAAAUAACAUUACAAUAGAGGAGAAAGAAAUAGAAAAAAUAAAGGAUGAAGAUUUAUAUUCAAUAUUUAUGCAAAAUUGGGAUGAAUCGAAUAUGGACAAUAUUGGCUAUCAUAAUGAAGCAUCAUUAAAUUUAUCCGGGUCCUUCAUUAACAAUUUGAACGAUAGCGGUAUAUACGUUGGUGCUGGGGGUAAGGGGGGAAGUGGAAAUGGUAUUUGUGGAACAGGUAUUGAUGGUAAUAGCUACGAUAAGGGCAUCCCAAGCAGGGAUAUUCGCAGACAUAGUGCAGAGGACGAAAAGGAUAGCCAUUUUUACAAAAAGGAAAUAGUAAAAAUGAGUCACGAAAAAAAUCUUGAAGUUGUCAAACCAAUCGGCAUGCACUGUUCAGGCAAAAAUGAUGAGAAUUUGAAUAAUAUUGCUAGUAAUUAUUACCUAACUGAAAAGCAAAAUUUGGAAAAUAUGUCAAAGAAUACAGACAAAUUGGCAUUAUCUGACCUUGAAUUGCAAAAUAGAAAUCAAAAAAAAGACAUCAAUUUGAUAGGAGAAAAGGAAUACAUUGCAUUUUCUGAAGAAAUUAAGAACACUUCACAAGACGCGAAUAGUGGUAAUAAUAAUAAUUAUAUUAACAGUAUAGCUACCAACAGCAAUAAUAAUAGCGUCAAUGAUACAAACAAUAUGAACAUUCAGGGUAGAGAAAGUUCGAAAGACGCAAAUUUUACCAAUGGAAAGGAAGAAAAAAAUAAAAUGGAAGGUGAUGAAAAUGAUGUUUUAAUGACAUAUGAAAUGUAUAAAAAGAAUAAGGAAAAGUUUAUGCAUAUAAGUUUAAGGAAAAAGGCAUGUGAAUAUCAAGAAGAAGGGAAACCUAUAACAGGUACUAAACAUGUGCUGCUAAGAGGGUUAUUGAAUAAAGACAGUACUUCAAUUAAUUGCAAAAAUGGUAAGGGAAACGAGAAUGAACAACAAGAUUUGGGGGAUUUUCACAACCUAGGAAAUAUUGACAACAAUAGCUAUAACGAUAAUAAUUGUAAUGAUAAUAACAAUGAGAACAGUAUGGGGGAUAGUACUAUAUACUCCUCCGCGUGCGGGCAUAAUAAGAUCAAUUUAAGCUUGAAUAAUAGUGUCCAUGAAAUAUAUAAUUCUUUAAAACAAAAUUAUGACAAUAAAAAUAUACACUUUUUCGAAACGUUAAAAAAGAACGUACAUAAUACGAAAAAUGCAGAGAGUUGUGAGCCUUCGAAUAAGGAAGCAAUAAAAGUUAUAUCUGAAGAAAAACCACAGAUUGACAGUUUAUCAAAAUUGGCAAGGUAUAAGGUAGACAGUUUAUUAAGUAGAAAUAGUCCUUUCCAGGAUUAUACUGAAAUAGAUGUGAAAACAAAUUUUAAAAUAAAGGAAGAGUCACUACAUGCCACAUUGAAUAAUGGUCACUGUCAUUAUCAGAAGAACGUUUCAACGAGUUUAACUGCCCCUACUGUUGCAGCUAGUAGUAGUAGUAGUAGUAGUAGUAGUAACAGUAUCAGAAAUAUAAACAUAUCUGGUAUACAAAAUAGCUGCAUUAUUUCAAGUCGCACCUAUAGCAGCAAUGGAAGCAAUGGCACGAAUGGAAUGAACGGUUAUAAUGAUGAAAAACAAUUUGAGAACGUCAGGUGUGAAAAGCCCAAAUUGAAUUCUUCUGCGUCUUAUAGUUUAGAACGUCCAUGUAGUAAUGCAAAGAACCCAGUGGGAAACAAUCCUACUAAGGAUGAUAUCAACAUUUCGGAACAUAUCAGGGAAAAGGGAGAAUGUAAUAAUAAUAAUAAUAUUUUUUUUGGAACAGUUGAUAAAUAUGCAUGUAAGAAAACAAAUGUGCAAAUUGGUUACAGUAUUGACAAAAAUAAUAAUUGUUUACAAAAUAAUGAUAAUUCAAAAAAUUAUAUUACUCCAAAUGAGUUAUUAAACAUACAAAUGGAACAGCAAAAGGUAAAUGCAGUUAUACGGAAAAAAGACGAGUGUGAUAAUGCACCCAAAAAGAAAAAUACAGGAGACAAGGGUGUCUUAAGCAGAAUACUGAGGAAAAAAUAG